ACUUGGCAGUCACUGUCGACCAUUGGUGUCAGCUGGUGGUUUCGUCAGAUGGUAUCGUGAAUCCUAUAAUAUCACAUCGAUCAUUGUUCCGAAGAAAACGAUUCAAGAUGAGCGGAGGAAUGCCAGAAUUGGGCUCGAAAAUCAGUUUAAUAUCGAAGGCAGAUAUUCGUUACGAAGGCCGACUUUUUACUGUGGAUCCUCAAGAAUGCACGAUUGCUUUAGCUAAUGUGCGUUCUUUUGGAACUGAGGAUAGAGAAACGCAACUUCCUGUGGCACCACAAAAUCAAGUCUACGAGUACAUCUUGUUCCGUGGUUCAGAUAUUAAAGAUAUUCGGGUGGUGAAUAAUGUUAGUUCUAUUCCAAACGAUCCAGCCAUUGUGCAGAUGACGGUGCAACCGUCUAUGAACCAGCAGUCAUAUCAACCACAGCCCAGUUAUGCACACCCCAUGAUGGGUCAGAUGGGCCCAAUGGGUGGACAAUAUGGAACACCUUAUGGCAUGACAAUGGGUACCAUGGGACCGGUAAUGGGAAUGCCCACUGCUGCUAGAGAUCCACGUGGACCAAUGAAUAAACAGCCAAGUGAGUUGAGCUUGGGCUCUAGUGAACCCAAUGCCAUCUCUAUCCCAAACUCACUACCAACGGCCAAUGUCGACCCAUUACCAAAAGACCAAUCUCUGGAAGAUGGCGUAUUAGAUCUUAUCAGUGGUGGUUCAAGAUCAACUACUCCAACUUCAUCUUCAUUAACAAGAAAAAGUCCUACCAUCGAUCAGGGUGUUCAGGUAAGUCAUCAGCAGCAGCAGCAACAACAACAAAGUGGUCCUAUUGGCAAGCUUGGCGAUAAGACGAAUAUAAGAACCAUUCAACCCGCUCGACGUGACCAUGAUAGUCAUACCGGUGGUAAGACGGGAGGCACUGUGUCUCAGUAUAACGAUGGAAAAUGUGAUCCUAUGAAGCAAGAUGGUCAAAUGCAAGGGCAAGGUACCCACGUGCAAGGCGGUCGAGGGAAUCGUGGUGGAUGGAUGAAUCGUGGCAACAUACGGGGCAGAGGAAGAGGUCGCGGAGGUUUUAGAACUCAACCUGGUAAUGUUGGUGCCAAACCGAAGAAUAGACUGAAAUUCGAUAACGAUUAUGAUUUCGAGCAAGCUAACACAGAGUUUGAGGAAUUGAGAUCUCAGUUAGCGAAAACAAAAAUCGAUUCUGGUACUGACAAUGAAAAGAAGGACGAUAGCGGCAAUGAAACCGGAGCAGGCGAAGGAGAACCUGAAGAAGAACCAGAGAUUGUUCAUUACGAUAAAUCGAAAUCUUUCUUCGAUAACAUUAGCUGCGAAGCAGUUGAGAGGAGUAAAGGUGGGUUUCAACGUACAGAUUGGAGGACAGAGCGUAAAUUGAAUUCCGAAACGUUCGGUGUGGCGUCGAUGAGGCGCGGUAGUUUCCGUGGACGCGGUUUUUAUAAUCGUGGAAUGGGAGGCAUGUAUCGAGGUGCUGCUGGUACUGGUACUGCCGGUUUCCGUGGUGGUUACAGAGGUUCUAGAGGCGGUGGCAACCGUAAGCCAGCGAACCAACAGCCGAACAACCCUGGUAGUCAAAACCAGCGCACGACCAACGAACAAUCCGCUCCUCAAUCGCAGCAGAACAGUCGCGUUGUAUCAUUUUGAACGAGCAACGCGCCACUAUAUAUGUAUAAGUAUUCACUCUAGAUUAAGAUUUUUACAAUACGUGCUCUGCCCUUACGGACUGAUAUGAAUUCGAGUUUAAAAGAAAAUGAACGGGAGUAACAAUGAAAAAAAAAAACAAAGUUCUUUGA